AUGGCUAUUCGUUAUGUUCUAGAUUCUCCUCACAUCUGUAAUUAUUGUAUUGCUAAACUUUUUUCAAAUAAAACAGAAGAAAUAUGUUGUUUGAGAGGAAAAUUGUAUAUUUAUGAUACUGAACAUGAAGUAGAUAAUAGACUCACUAUUAUGCCUAAGCUCUGUCGUGAUACUCUAGAGGUUAUUAGAUCAGUACUAAACCAUUAUAAUCCUUUCGUUGCUGAUUUUCAUUCAAUCACUUCCUGUGGCAAUAUUAUUGACCUUCGACUACUUAUCAGAGCUAACAAUAGUUUAGACCAACGUACUUAUAAUGCGCCAACUGCUUCACAAGUUGCAGCUAUAUAG